CUUAAGGGGGGGAGAGAAAGAAAAAGAGGGAAGGAAGAGGAAAAGUGGCAUCUCUGGUUGAGAAGAGGAGGAAGAGGAGGAGGAGGAGACGCGCUCCCUUUCAGAUAGAAAUCUAGGACAGCUUUUGCCGGCAGCCGGCAGUGAGCGGGGCCCUUUGGAAAUAGAAUAGCCAAUGUAAUUUGACACUUCAACUUGCUCUGCUUCAGGCUAGUUGAUUCACUUACUCACCCACUAACGCCGAGUUCCUUUUCACUGUCUGUGGACAUUAAAAAAAAGGGGGGGGGGAGCGAGAGCGAGAGAGCAAAGGAGAGAGCGAGCGAGCAGAGAAAUAAAGCUCGAAUCCAGUCGUAAUUCUGAUUUCUCUACCCCCCCUUUUUUUUCCUCCCGCUCUCCCUCCCUCUCUCCACCACCAACCGCACAGAUCUCCCCCGCCCUCCCCCUCCCCAAAAUCCAUUGGGGGAGAAAAGGAAAGGAGAAAAAGAGGGAGAGAGAGAGCGAGCGAGAGAGAGCGAAAAGGAUUUUGCCCGUGUGUCCUUCCUCCUUUCCUGAUUUCUCUUGCUGCUGCCGCCGCUGCUGCCGCUGCCGGUGUUGCCGCUGCUGCCGCUGCCGCCGCCGCCGCCGCUGCGUGCGGCCCCGGCUCCUCGCUAAGCGGUGGGAAAUCCAAGGUUUGGGGACAUAGAAGCCUGUCCAGCUCCCUUUCUGCAGCACCUCCUGUACCUGCCUCCAUUUGUGUCCUGUCCUGAAGCUCUAGGAACGUAUUAAUUGGCGGCGGCCUUGGGCAGGAUGAUGGAGCUCCUGUGAACGACCCAGGACCGGAGCUGCGGAUUGGCUGCCGUUGGGGUACCGGCGAUUUGGGAAUCACUGAGGCUGGAAAACGUGAAUGGCUUUCAGGUAGAAGGCAAGAGGAGACAAUCAGAAUGAAUUCUAUGGACCGGCACAUACAGCAGACCAAUGACCGGCUGCAGUGCAUAAAACAGCAUUUACAGAAUCCUGCCAACUUCCACAAUGCCGCCACGGAGCUCCUGGACUGGUGCGGCGACCCAAGAGCUUUCCAGAGGCCCUUCGAACAGAGCCUGAUGGGGUGUUUGACGGUGGUUAGUCGAGUAGCAGCCCAACAAGGAUUUGACCUGGAUCUUGGCUAUAGACUGCUGGCCGUAUGUGCAGCAAACCGAGACAAAUUCACUCCAAAAUCAGCUGCUCUGCUCUCAUCUUGGUGUGAAGAGUUGGGUCGGCUGCUUCUCCUCCGUCACCAGAAAAGCCGUCAGAGUGAUCCUCCUGGGAAACUCCCCAUGCAGCCUCCCCUUAACUCCAUGAGCUCCAUGAAACCCACACUGUCACACAGUGAUGGGUCGUUCCCCUAUGACUCUGUUCCUUGGCAGCAGAAUACCAACCAGCCACCAGGAUCCCUUUCCGUGGUCACUACUGUUUGGGGAGUGACUAACACGUCCCAGAGCCAGGUCCUAGGAAACCCCAUGGCCAAUGCCAACAAUCCUAUGAAUCCUGGCGGAAACCCCAUGGCAUCUGGAAUGACGACCAGCAAUCCUGGCAUCAACUCCCCCCAGUUUGCUGGGCAGCAGCAGCAGUUCUCAGCCAAGGCGGGCUCCACUCAGCCCUACAUCCAACAGGGGAUGUAUGGGCGGCCCAACUACGCGGGCAGUGGAGGGUUCGGGGGCAGUUACCCUGGUGGUCCCAAUGCCCCUGCGGGCAUGGGGAUCCCUCCUCAUACCCGGCCACCCGCAGACUUCACUCAGCCAGCGGCAGCAGCGGCAGCGGCUGCAGUGGCAGCAGCGGCAGCCACAGCCACCGCCACGGCCACUGCCACAGUAGCAGCUCUCCAGGAGACCCAGAACAAGGACAUGAACCAGUAUGGACCGGUCUGUUCCUCUUUCCAGAUGGGUCCGACUCAGGCGUACAACAGCCAGUUCAUGAACCAGCCUGGGCCCCGAGGGCCUGCGUCCAUGGGGGGAACCAUGAAUCCCACCAAUAUGCCUGCUGGCAUGACACCUACCAAUAUGAGCGGCCCCCCCAUGGGCAUGAACCAGCCGCGGCCUCCUGGGAUCAGCCCCUUCAGCACACAUGGACAGAGAAUGCCGCAGCAGGCCUACCCCGGUCCCCGACCCCAGUCUCUUCCUAUACAGAGCAUAAAAAGACCGUACCCAGGAGAACCCAACUAUGGAAACCAGCAAUACGGACCAAAUAGCCAGUUCCCAACCCAACCUGGUCAGUACCCGGCCCCCAACCCUCCAAGACCUAUCACGUCUCCCAACUAUCCUGGGCAGCGGAUGCCAAGCCAACAGAGUACAGGGCAGUAUCCACCCCCAACGGUCAAUAUGGGGCAGUAUUACAAGCCAGAUCAGUUUAAUGGACAGAAUAACACCUUCUCGGGAGGCAGCUACAGUAACUAUAGCCAAGGAAAUGUUAAUAGGCCCUCCAGGCCAGUACCUGUGGCAAAUUACCCUCACUCACCUGUUCCAGGAAACCCAACCCCACCCAUGACUCCUGGGAGCAGCAUCCCUCCGUACCUGUCUCCCAGCCAGGAUGUUAAACCACCGUUUCCUCCUGACAUUAAGCCAAAUAUCAGCGCUUUGCCCCCACCUCCAAGCAACCACAACGAUGAGCUCCGGCUGACCUUCCCUGUGCGGGACGGAGUGGUUUUGGAGCCCUUCCGGUUGGAGCACAACUUGGCUGUCAGCAACCACGUCUUUCACCUAAGGCCCACUGUCCACCAGACACUGAUGUGGAGGUCUGACCUGGAGCUGCAAUUUAAGUGCUAUCAUCAUGAGGAUAGGCAAAUGAACACCAACUGGCCAGCCUCAGUCCAGGUCAGCGUCAAUGCUACGCCUCUUACCAUUGAGCGUGGAGACAACAAGACCUCUCAUAAACCUCUGCAUCUCAAGCACGUCUGCCAGCCAGGAAGAAACACCAUCCAGAUCACGGUCACCGCAUGUUGUUGUUCUCAUCUGUUCGUGUUGCAGUUAGUACACAGGCCCUCUGUCCGCUCCGUCCUGCAGGGCCUGCUCAAGAAACGCCUCCUGCCUGCCGAGCACUGCAUCACAAAGAUCAAGCGGAAUUUCAGCAGCGUGGCCGCCUCUUCGGGCAAUGCUACCCUCAACGGGGAGGACGGUGUGGAACAGACAGCAAUCAAGGUGUCUCUGAAGUGUCCCAUUACAUUCCGGCGGAUCCAGCUACCGGCGAGAGGCCAUGAUUGCAAGCACGUCCAGUGCUUCGAUUUGGAAUCAUACUUGCAGCUGAACUGUGAGAGGGGUACCUGGAGGUGUCCAGUGUGCAAUAAAACUGCUCUGCUUGAAGGCCUGGAGGUUGAUCAGUACAUGUGGGGAAUCCUGAAUGCCAUCCAGAACUCGGAGUUUGAAGAGGUUACCAUUGACCCCACAUGUAGCUGGAGGCCAGUCCCCAUCAAAUCUGAUAUCCACAUCAAGGAUGACCCGGACGGCAUCCCCUCCAAGAGGUUUAAGACAAUGAGCCCCAGCCAGAUGAUCAUGCCCAAUGUCAUGGAAAUGAUUGCAGCUCUGGGCCCUGGCCCAUCCCCCUAUCCGCUUCCUCCCCCGCCUGGGGGCACCAACUCCAAUGAGUAUAACAGCCAAGGCAACAACUACCAAGGCCACGGUAACUUUGACUUCCCCCAUGGGAACCCCGGAGGGACGUCCAUGAAUGACUUCAUGCACGGGCCCCCUCAGCUCUCCCACCCCCCGGACAUGCCCAGCAACAUGGCUGCCCUGGAGAAACCCCUCAGUCACCCCAUGCAAGAAACUAUCCCACAUCCUGGCAGUUCUGAUCAGUCCCAUACUUCCAUACAACAAGGUUUGCACGUACCACACCCCAGCAACCAGUCAGGGCCACCAUUACAUCACAGUGGGGCUCCUCCUCCUCCUCCUCCUCCACCUCCUCCUCCUCCUCCUUCCCAGCCGCCCCGGCAACCGCCUCAGGCUGCUCCCAGCAACCAUCCACACAGCGACCUGACCUUUAACCCCUCCACAGCCUUAGAGGGUCAGGCCGGAGCACAGGGAGCGUCCGACAUGCCGGAACCUUCGCUGGAUCUUCUUCCAGAACUCACGAAUCCAGAUGAGUUGCUCUCGUACCUGGACCCUCCUGACCUGCCGAGCAAUAGUAACGACGACCUUCUCUCGCUUUUUGAGAACAACUGAAGCUCUCAGCUUUUAAUCAGUCCCCUUCCCCUUCCCCACACAUACACACACAUGCACACGCAUGCAAACACACACAUACACACACACAUACACACAUGCUUCUCCACCUAUGUAGCCAUGGUUCUCCCAAGUUCUCGACCCCAGAACUUCUCAUUUGGAGGUGGGGUGAGGUCUCUCCCUGCUAUCCCUUCUCAGAACCAUUGGCACUCAGUGGGGAGACUGCAGGAGAGGAAAUGGUACCUAAUGGGUUGGGGGCCCUUAGAGCACCUGCUCCUGGCCCUGGCGUGGCAAAGCCUAAAGCCCAGGGCAACUGCAUUUCUGCCCACGUCCAACACAGAGCUACAAAGAAGAGCCUUGUGAUGGAGAAAACCAUCCCAGCAUAUCUCUAGCUCAGCAAGGAUGAGAAAGUGGCUCUCUCCCCUCCCAGCCCAAUUUCUCCCAAGCUGACCCAGUGUCAGAAAAGAACGUUCUAACCCAGGGGUCUUCCAUUUUUGAAACUGAGACUUCUCCCCAUCCACCAACUUCCCAGACUGGACACCUGAGCAUUCACAGAACCAGAAAUAUGGAGAGAGAUGGAUGGAAUGGGCAAGUACCCUGGGGAGGGGCAACCCAUGCGGGAACGAGCCCUGUGGGUGCCAGUAAGAGCCGCCAAAGUCACCACCACCGGAAAAGCACAAGCCGUCCAAGAGAGAACCCCGCCAGGCCAGAGCAGAGCGUGCUUUCUCCCGUCUUCUUCCUGGAGCUGAGGAUUGCCGCUCUUGACCUCUGACAGACCCUGCAAGGGGUCGUGCUACCCAGAGGCUCAGAGAGAAUGGAUGGAGAUUGAGGCAUCUAAAAGGAUGGGGGAGGGAGAGUUGUUGGCACUUUGGGUUCCAGCAGAAGUAGGGAACCAUGAGAUUCUCUCUCAGAUCACGGACAGUAAAGAGAAUUUCCACUGCCUCUUUUGAAUCAUAAGAGGACCCUAUAGUUCCCUCAGCCAGAAAUGCGAGAGAGCCUCCGCCUCUUUCCUUUGAGGGAGGAGAGAAGGGGUGGGGAUGAAAAUGUGGGAAAGGAGGCAGACACAGUAAUGUAUACUUUUAUUCCCAGCUUACUCCUUAAAAAAAAAAAAUACACACACAAAAAAGGACAAAAUCAAUUUUAAAUCCUCUGCAGAAAGGAACACUGGGUCCUGAGAGAUGAGUGACUUCCUUUUUUUGUGUUUCCUUCUUCCCCUUCAUCCCUCUUUCAUCUCCAGGACUAUUUUGUGUUGUCUGACCUUCACACUGCCUCCCCCACCCACCCAGCCCCCCCUUCCCCCUUUUUUGUCCUGUUGAACAUCAAGAUUUGCAGAGAGAGAGAAGGGCGGUGAGCUCGAGGUUGAACAUGGCUUGGUCUUGAUGCCUGAGAGAGCCAUUGUUUAGCAUUGUCUCUUCUGGGCAUGGUGGGCUGCAUCUCCAGCCCCAAUUCCCCGUCUCUUGGUGGGCCACGGCCUCCAGGGAGCACUACAUAUUGCUGCAUAUGUGCCAUCCUGCCCUUUAAGGAAUCCCAUCUUGUGGACCUUUCUUCACCCUCAGUAAAAUUAACUGAUGCUCCCCUCUCACUGGGACAUGAAGCAUUGUCCCUCCAUCUGUCUCUUCAAAGCCCCUGUCCCAGGUCCUCAAGCCCCUGUCCAAUUCUCACAUAGCCAUUUUAAUGUAUGAUUUUGUUUGGGGUUAGCUUGCAUUUCUGUCAGUGGCCUGCUCUGGGCUCAGAUGAUGCUGGAUUUGCUCCCAAUCUCUCAAAUCUGUAAAGUCUUUGCUUCAAGUUCCUUGCUGUCAUCACUGCCCACCCCUCACCCAGCUGAUCUUUAUUUCUCCCCCUCUCUGGGCACCCCUAGCCCCUUGCUGUAGAUAUUACAGGAAACGGUGGUCGCUUUCAUUUAUUUCCAGCCUCCCAUAUUCAGACCACCAGGUUUUCUGUAGAGAAUUUGCCAUCACACCUUUGUACUGGUUGGUUUGGUUUUUUGCAUUUUUCUCAGAUGACAAGUUGUUCAGUAUGCAAAAUCAAUUAUUUUAAGAAUCACUAUUGUAAAUAUCUUUGUGAAUAUUUUAGUAUCGUCUUUGAUAAUAUUCAACAUUUUCAUGACCCGGUUAUAUCCUUUGCUGGUGUUUUUAAAUACCUUGACUGAAGAUGAAAAAAAAAAAAAAGAGUCCUUUUUUAGAAAAAAAAAGUAAAACAAAAAAAAAUUCAAAAGUUCUUUUUACAGACUUAAGGGAAUGAAAUUUCUUUUUAUUUUAAAGAUGUCAGCUCACCCAUUUGAUUCAUUUCCCCAAUCCUUUGGCAGUAGAGCAAACAGCAAAACAAGCAGCAUGAGGUCGAAUCUGGCUUGCUUCCAGGCGUGUUCCAGAUGUUACCACUCCUGGUGUGCCCUGCCAUCUUCCACCUCCUCUCCAUCCAAACCGCACAUACAAACACAUGCAUAUGCACGCACACACACACUUGGAAUAGAAUGUGAUUGGGGGGAGGGACGGGGAAGAGAACUGGCCAGUCCAUUGUCUUCUGUGUGGGAUGAUCUCUAUGGGAAGGUCAGCCCUCUAGACAGAAUCAAAGGGUCCUUAGCUGCCAGGUAUUGGGGCCACCUCUGGGGGACCCUUUGGAUGUGCUCACAAGUGAUGAAUUGUCUUCCCCAGUGCUAUUCUCCCGUUUGCGCUGUAGCAGGGUUUCCCAGUAUAAAUCGGCACCUGCUAACCAGUUUUCCCACUUCUCAGCGCUUCUCUCCUAGGAAGACAUGUUUCCUGGCCUUGUCUAGCAAGUUAAUCUCAGUCAAGCAUUUUCCUUUAGACUUAAGCGUCAGCUUUCUCAAACAGGCAGUGAUCGAGAGAGACCAAGAGCUUUAUAGGGAGCCUUUACCAUAUUGUUUUGGGGGAAGGGACAGGGACAGGUACAUAAUAAAAGGAAAACUAGGCUCUGGCUCCUUUUUUUCUUCUUAAGCUGUCAAAGGCACUAUUACCCAGAAUAAGAUCAGCAACGAGGUAAAUGCAAGUAGAAAUGAUAGUUUCGUAAGCAAAGGUGGCUCUCGAAUCCCAAGAUGGUACCUAUUGCUCACAUCUUGAUGGGUGGAGUUGUUGGAACUCUCAGAAUCUCGAAGGUGUCCAGUGUUUCAGAACAGCUACACCUAAAGGAAAACUGCCCACGGGAUCUACUGGCAUGUUUGUGUCCAUGUUGCCAAAGUUAAUUACAAGGUGGGAUGGGGGGGUGGGAAAGCUCUGGGAAAGAAAUACGAGCACCCCUACCCUUUGGGCUUAUUAAAGCUUUAUUUGUGUAUCAAAUUCCCAGUAGAUUUUUUGUUCUCCAGAUUAAAAUAUAUAUGUACAUAUAUAUUUCCCCCUUCCCCCAAUGGAAGCCCUAACGAACCCACAGAGAUCUACACUUCUGCUCACUGAUAGAACUUAGGACCGACCCAUCAGACACCGCCGUGUCAGCAGCAGAGACUCAAGGGACACGUCUGUACAUAUGUAAAUGAGAAAUAGAGACCUGUUAACAGAGAUGCAUUCAUCUUCCUUGGAAUGUGCAUUUGAUUUUAUUUUGCAAAAAAGACAAACAAACAAACAAAAAAAAAAAAAGCUUGGAGCUCCAUCUCAUGUGGAAAAAAAAAUAGAUCUGUCUGUUAGCGUUUGUGAAGUCUCCGCAUUGGAUUCACACUCUGUGAUAUACACUGACCCUGUGUGGAAAGUUUUGCUUUGUUCUGUUUUUAUUUUAUCUACAUGUACUCUUUAGCUUCAAUGUGCUAGUCCUCUCACCUGUGUAUUUUUAGGGUGCUAAGAAAACAAUGAAGAAAAUAAAGGAGAUUUAAAAAGAUUGUAACCAAAUUCAUACUUUGUACAAUUUUUGAUAUCAUGAUCAGAGGUGAAUGACAUGCCCACACACAGGCGCGUGCAUGCACGUGCACUCAUGUAAGUACAGUCGGAAGUAACUUCUGCAGAAAUGGUCAUUGUCUUUGUUUGUACAUCGUAUGUACAAUGCAAUCAUUUCAUACUUUAAACUGGUCAGAAAACUAAUUGUGAUUUCUAGUCUUGCAAAACUGUAUGUAGUUAGAUGAUGUGACAACCUAAUAUUUAUCUAAUAAAUAUGUAUUCAAACAAAACCUGUA